AUGACGUACAACCGACAGGAACCGGAAGUAUUUGUUUACAAAGACAACGCUGUUGAACUAUUGAAUGAUUAUUCCGGUUAUGGCCACGCUGGAAAUAUCAAGGAACAUGUGGCUUCAGAGACUGAGGAGCAGCUGCGUUCAGUGUCCAGUGUGGAUGAACUGAUGAAAAUGAUAUACCCAAAGUACUGGACCAUGCUGAGAUGUCGAUCAAAGCGAGGCCUUCAAUUCACCACCAGGGAUCAUGUCUCCUCUGAGACAAGUACAGAGCAGCCUCUGACAUUUGCUGCAGCUUUCUUUAACAUUGAAAUUUUAAAAAGUAUUGAUGCAGAGUGGAGGAAGACCCUGUGCAUACCUCGCCAAGUGUGUGUGGAAGUGGGGAGAGAGUUUGGGGCCGCUACAAAUGUCUUCUAUAAACCCCCUUGCGUGUCUGUCUACAGAUGUGGAGGCUGUUGCAACAGAGAGGAACUUCAGUGCAAGAAUAUUAGCACUUCCUACAUCAGCAAAACACUUUUUGAGAUUACUGUUCCAGUUACAAAGGGAACAAAGCCAGUCACAAUCAACUUUGCCAACCAUACUUCGUGUCGCUGUCUAUCUAAAGAGCAUGUACACAGACAGAUGCACUCAAUAAUAAGGAGGUCCCUACCACAUUGUAAUGUGGAAAACAAAACAUGCCCGGAGAAUCACAUUUGGAACAGCCAUGUGUGCAGAUGUGAGAUACAGCACAGCACUCUCCCAUCACAGCAUUCAAUACUGCAGUCUUUUUUCACUGAUGCCUGUGGACCAUAUCAGGAGUUGGAUGAUGACACGUGUCAGUGUGUGUGUAGGAGACGAGUGGGGGCUUUCAGCUGCGGACCUAACAGAGAGCUGGACGAACGUUCCUGCCAGUGUGUCUGCAAACUGCCUCCUGCAUCCUGUGGACCUAACAAAACUUUCAACAAGGACACAUGCCAGUGUGUCUGUGAAAAGGUUUGCCCUAAGCAUCUACCCCUGAACCAUACUACAUGUUCCUGUGAAUGUGCAGAGUCACCAAACAAAUGCUUCUUGCGAGGGAGAAGGUUUCAGCAUGCAACAUGCAGUUGCUACCAUCCACCUUGUGAAGUUCAGAAGAAAACUUGUGAAGGAGGAUUCUACUUUAGUGAGGAGGUAUGCCGUUGCAUACCAACAUACUGGAGAGGACUAGAUUUAAUACAUGGAUGA